GCCGAUCCUGAGAAUUUUGCGGAAGUUGAGCAGGCUUAAUAUAUAUAAACACUUAUCGAAAGAAGCAACCAACAAACAAACAAACAUUGGCUUCAACCUCGGAUCACUCUCUGCGCUGCAGCUAUUCAAGAUGGCUUCGAGUUCAAACCAGGCAAUCACCCUGAUUGAAAAGCUUAAUAAGCUCAGUUCAAGGCUAUCUUCGAAAGAUGAUGUUCAAGCUAAUAACGAAGCAUUGCAACUGAGUAAAGAAUUGACGGCAAGUCUUGAAGAGCCUAAAAAUGCAGCUGUGCAUUUGGCUUUUUCGCCAUUCAUUGCCAUAGCUGCGAGAAUCGCUGUCAACCUGGAUCUGUUCAAGUUGAUUGUUAGCCAUGGCGGUCCUAUUACUUCCCAGCAACUUGCCACUCUGUCGGGUGGAGAGGAAUUGCUCAUUAUCCGAGCUUUGAGGCCCAUGGCCGCCACAGGCUUCGUCAAAGAGGUUGGGGAACGGACUUGGGAGGCCACACCAAUCACUGAAGCCAUGGCAACGGAAGAAAUCGCCGCUGGGCAUAGAACGGUCGGCAUGAUUGUAGGUGCUGCGACCAAAGCACCCAAAUGGCUCAAAGAAUCCGGGCAUCGUUGCCCCACCAACCCCCACGAUGGCUUCAUUCAGUACGCUUAUCAAACCAAGUUGAACAUAUUUCAACUUUUCAGUACAAUGCCAGACUUGAUGAAAGACUUCAACUUAUUCAUGGGGAAUACUAUGGGAGCCAGAGAUUAUUGGGUCGAUUGGUUUCCGGUUCAGGAGCGACUUAUCGAUGGUGCAACUAAGGAAUCCGCCCUGCUCGUUGACGUUGGCGCUGGAAAAGGUCACGAUCUUCUUGCAUUCCACAACAAAUACCCGGAUCAGGGACUUCUAGUACUACAAGACCUGGCCGCCGUGACGGACAACCUUGAAGGCCUCGACCCUUCCAUCAAGCCGAUGGCGUAUGAUUUCUUUGCAGAGCAGCCGGUUAAAGGCGCACGCGCAUACUUCUACCAUCACAUUCUCCACGAUUGGUCCAACGAAAAAUGCCUAGAAAUACUAGGUCAGCUCAAAAAGGCGAUGAAACCAGGCUAUUCGAAGCUUCUCCUCCAUGAGAUGAUAAUUCCGGAGCAGGGAGCCUCACCGUUCCACGCCAUGCUUGAUAUGACCAUGAUGACCUUUAACUCAGGCAUGGAACGGUCGGCGAGGCAGUGGGAAGAGCUGCUUGAUAAGGCCGGGUUCGAAGUUGUGAAGAUCUGGCCGCCCGUACAAGAGGACGCCGACGGAAUCGUAGAGGCAGUACUCAAGGAAUAGGCGGAUAGCCUACAUGUAUGUUGGGUACCUAGAUGUUGACUAGAAAGGCACCUGAUUUAGAAUACAAUGCUCGCUAUUAGAUCGGCAUUGAUAGGACUAAGCGUAGCUGUUCUCAUUGUAACCUAGGUAUAUUUAACAUCUAUCCAGCUAAAUCUACC